AUGGCCGCCCAGUCCAAGCUGUUACCGCCCGAUCGUUCCAUCAAGCAGAUUCUCUCCAGUCUCACCUCCCUCUACCUCAAACACCGCACCCGCAUCUCACGCGCCGUUUACCUCGCUCUUUUUGCAGCUCUUGCAAAACGAAUCCACAAUGCUAUUUCGGAGCAGAAAGCUGCCUCACAGCAAGUAGAGUUGCACCGACGGCCCGGCACCAGCAGUCUCGGUGAUGACGAACAACCACGGAAGAAGCGGGUCGAGAUCAACCGGGAGUUCUUCAGGAACCUGCUGCGCCUGCUCAAGAUCGUGAUUCCGGGAUGGCGCAGCAAGGAGUUGAGGCUCCUGGUGAGCCACAGUGUCUUCCUGGUGUUGCGGACAUUGCUCAGUCUGUAUGUUGCCGAGCUGGAUGGCCGGUUGGUGAGCAACCUAGUGCGAGGGAAAGGCAGGGAUUUCCUACUCGGUCUUGUUUGGUGGAUGAUCGUGGCUGUUCCCGCGACAUUUACAAAUUCCAUGCUCUCGUACCACCAGUGCAAGCUCGCGCUGAGCUAUCGGAAACGUCUGACAGAUUAUAUACACGACAAAUACCUGUCAAACAUGACCUUCUACGCCAUCUCCGCCCUGGACGAUCGGAUCAAGAACCCAGACCAGCUUGUCACAGUCGACGUGUCUCGCUUCUCAGACAGCUUGGCGGAGCUCUACUCCAACCUGGCCAAGCCCAUACUCGACAUGUGCAUCUACAACUACUCGCUUUCUAAGAAUGUCGGAGGCGAGGGGAUGUUCAUCAUGAGUCUGCUGGUGCAGUUGUCAGCUAACGUGAUGCGCAUGCUCACCCCGCCGUUUGGCAAGUAUGUCGCCGACGAGGCUCGCCUCGAGGGCGAGUUCCGAUUCUUGCACUCGCGCCUCAUCGACUAUAGUGAAGAAGUUGCCCUCUACCACGGCCAUGAAGCCGAGAAGGACACUUUGGACAAGGGCUACUUCACCCUCAUCAAGCACGUGAAUCGCAUUCUGCGCCGGCGCCUGUACCAUGGAUUCAUGGAGGACUUUGUUAUUAAAUACUUCUGGGGUGCUUUGGGCCUGGUUCUCUGCAGUGUGCCCGUCUUUUUCAAGAUCCCUGGCCAGGUCGUUCAUACCAUGGGCGACCGUACCGAAAACUUUGUCACCAACCGACGGAUGCUGUUAUCCUCGUCGGAUGCCUUUGGUCGUCUGAUGUUCUCCUACAAGGAGAUCUCCGAGCUAGCCGGUUUCACUGCCCGCGUCUCGUCAUUACUGGAGGUAAUGGAUGACUUGGGGGCCGGGAGAUUCGAAAAGAAGCUGGUCUCUUCUGCAUCAACUGAGGAAAAUGCAGCAGUUCUUUCUGGCCGAGGCAAGGUCGUCGAAAGCGAUUGCAUCCAGUUCACCGAUGUUCCGAUCGUCUCGCCCAACGGGGACGUCCUGGUGCGAAAGCUGUCUUUCACCAUCUACCCUGGCGACCAUCUCUUGAUUGUCGGACCCAACGGGUGCGGUAAGUCAUCAUUGUUCCGCAUUUUGGGUGGGCUCUGGCCUGUGUACGGCGGUACGGUCAAGAAACCAUCAUUUGAAGACAUUUUCUACAUCCCUCAACGGCCUUAUCUGUCGCGAGGUACGCUCCGCCAGCAGGUCAUUUACCCGGACGGCGUGCGCGAGAUGCGCGCCAAGGGUGUGACCGAUGAUGAUCUGUACGAGGUUCUUUCCGUGGUCGAGAUCGCGUCUGUCGUCGACCGCCCCGGCGGCUGGGAUGCCGAGGAGGAGUGGCGCGAUGUCCUGUCGGGUGGCCUGCAGCAGCGCAUCGCAAUGGCCCGCCUAUUCUACCACCGUCCCAAGUUUGCCAUUCUGGACGAAUGUACUUCCUCGGUGACCCUGGAGAUUGAGAAGGUGAUGUACGAGACGGCCAAGAAGCUUGGCAUCACCCUAAUGACGGUCUCGCACCGUCGCAGUCUCUGGAAAUACCACCAGAAGAUUCUGCAAUUUGAUGGCCAGGGAAGUUAUGUCUUUACCGGGCUCGAUUGGGAGCGCCGGUUGAAAUUGGAAGAUGAGAAAGACGAGCUUGAACUGCAACUGCGGACAGUUCCCGAAUUGCAGAGAAGGAUCACCGAGCUUACCUCGACCUAG